AUAUUUUUGCAAAAAAAUAUUUGAAAGCCAUUGAAAAGCUGUUGAAAACUUCUUUCAAUCGGUAGAGUUUUACGUAGACUAUACGGUGUAGAUGUGCAUUUAGUUAGACACGGUCGGUGGCAACCGUGAUAUAUCUGUGUAACUAAUCUGUCCACCCGAAAAGCAACCCCUAAGUGAACGAUUUCCGAAAGGUGGGGAUCCAGGUCAGUAAACGCGAAUUGCACCACAAUCAACAGCUGAAAGGAAGCCAUUACAAUUCGUGGUGCAGUGGAACAGAAAUCACAGAAGAAAAAAGGGAACCAUGGGUGAAAAUUGGGUUGGUAAAUCUGUUUCCAUCCAGUGCCGUGGGGAUAUCGGAGUGUUUCAGGGUGUAAUCAAACAGGUUAGUCCGGUAGAAAUUGUGAUAACGAAAGCUGUGCGAAAUGGGAUUCCACUAAAGAAGAACAAUGUUGAGGUAACGCUUACCUGCAAGGACAUUGAGAAGCUUGACUUGAUCUCCUGCACGAAUGUGCCAAAUUUAUUUCCUGCCAAAGCACAGCAGAGUCAACCAAGCCAGUUGGAUGACGCUGUGACGGCAGGGAUCGAAACUCUAAAGAUAGGAAAACAGCAGAACGGAGGUCGAAACAAAACGCCACCAAACGACCUUCGGCAGUUCAGUGGGAAGCUAGCAGCUAAGUCCCCCGGUCCUGUUAAAAACAGUAACGGACAGCAGCAGAAGAACGGAUUCGAAAGUGGGUCGGCCAAAAGCACUAGUCGUCCCAUUGAGAUUAACGGCAGUGGAGGUGCUCACCAGAAGGUGAAUUCCUUCGCGGUUUAUAGGAAUGAUAACCAGCAAAAAAAGAAACCUCGCAAUGGAAACGGAAAUGGCAACGGUCAAAAUGGCAAUCGGUACGCCAAUAAGAACUCCGCUUUUGGUACUCCGGUGGAUGAUCCGAUGAUGGAUGAAGAGUUCGAUUUCGAGAAGAACCUAGCCCUAUUCGAUAAGCAAGCCAUUUGGGACGAAAUCGAUGCCAUCCAACAGAAGCCCGAUUUGGUUCGACAGGCCGUCCAAUCGGGAAAGAAGAAAUAUCGCCAUGAUGAAAAUGUCCUCGCUUCGGAGCCCACACAGUAUCGUCAGAUUGAGCUGACUCACACCGCCGCAUCGGUCAGUGAACGUACGGACGAGUACGUUACUGAUGAAGGACUUGUGAUUCCUUCGAUUCCUCGCAAUGCACGUAAUUUAGUUCAGCAGUUGGCGGAAAACCAUGGCCUAACGAUGGAACGCCAGAAUGACCUUUUGGCACGAGGUGCCACCGAGCUGGCCCUCCAGCUGUUAGGAGGCUCUCGUCGUCUAACGCCUAACAAUCAGCACCAGUGGCCGAAAAUUGUGGUAGUCUGUGAUGAACCGUACAAUACGAAUUUAAGCGAAAUCGGUAUCGCUACUGGGCGCAUGCUGGCCUGCCAUGGGCUGAAGAUUGUUGUGUACGUAUCCUGUGCGACGAAGUCGACACGGACCAGCCACGAGCUGGAACUGUACGCAGCCACCGGGAAUCUCUUCACCUUUAACGUCAACGCACUUCCAUCAUCAGAUCUCGUGAUUGCGGCGAUCAAAUCGCGCAUCCCAAGUGAACCACUGCGCAAGUGGAUGGCCGAGAGCCGCGCUCCGGUACUGGCCAUCGAUCCACCAGCGGGUGGACUGGAAUCGCUGCCAGUCAAAUGCUCACUCCUGCCGAUCUUGCCACUGAACGGUUUGGGACCAGAAUCCGCUACCGGUCGGCUGUACCUGUGCAACCUGGGCAUUCCGGACAAGUUCUUCAUCGAUUCGGGCAUCAAGUACAAAUCACCCUUCGACAAAGCCGUCAUUCCGAUCCACCGACGAAAAGACUAGGAACGCCGCCCGUUAGAACACAUAUCGCCAAUCUAUGAUAAACCACGGAAAGGAGAGAAUACAAUGGACUACGGAGCUGCGAUAGGGAAGAUUCUAGGAACAGGGGAAAAAGGGAGAUCUUUUGCAUUUUUCUUGAAUCUUGUACCGGGUUGGGGACGUUUGCAGUCUGCGACGGAUGUUGUUUUAGAAGUUUUCAAUAUUGUUUUUAAUUUUCACGGACAAGAAGAUGUCGAACUAAACAAAAAGGGGUAAAAACAACGAAAGCGUCAGCAGAAAGCGCAACAGACAAGAGCAAAACAAAAAAAAACACGUUUCCUGGAUGUUUAUUAAGUUAUGCACGUAUAAGGCAAGUGUUGUAAACUCAUCAGCGCCGACACACAGAAUAAGCAACGAGCUCUUAUAUGUUUGGUAUAA